UGGCUAUGGUGAUUUCUGGCAGGGGUGGGGAGGUGGGGCGCUGAAACAGGCAGUAUGGGACUAGCAGCCAAACACUGCCCCUUUGCUGAGCUCAGACCAGGGGCAGAUCCAGUGCAGGAAGCCCUCCAAGGGAUCAUGCCUCUAAUCAGGCAACUAUUAGAUCUGGGGUGGGGGUGUGUCUUGUGAGUUUGCCAGUCAGCUUGGAAUACACCCCUGUUACCAGUCUGCAAGCCUAAUUCCAAUGACUACCAUUCAGUAAAAGAUCUGAGAGAAGUUAACAAACACGUGAUGGACAUUCACCCCUCAGGCCCUAACCCAUACACCUCAAUGAGUUCUCUACCAUCAGACCAUGUUUGUUAUACAGUACUAUACUUAAAGGAUGCUUUCUUUAGCCCCCAAAACUCAAGAUGAUUUUGCUUUUGAAUGGUAUGACGCUGGCAAAGGAAUUAAUGGACAACUAACCUGAACCUGGCUUCCCUAAGGCUUUAAGAACUCUCCAACCAUCUUCGAUAAGGCUUAGCAUGAGGACUUGGGUAAAUUUCAUUCCCUGUACCCCCAAAUAACCCUUUUGCAAUAUGUAGAUGAUUUGCUCAUGGCAGCCAGCACACAGGAACUAUGCCUGAAAGGCACUGAACAACUUCUACAGACUCUAAGUACCAUGCAUCAGCAAGAAGGCCCAGUUUUACAAAAAGGAGGUGCAAUAUUUGGGCUACAUCCUAAGAGGAGAAUUUCCUUCCAGAUCUCUGCUGCUCUGAACUCUGCUACUCUGCUGCCCACCCCAGCUUGGAGACACCAGUUCAUGACCGUGUGGAAAUCCUGUUACAAGUACAUGGCACUUGAGCAGACUUCCAAGACACUGCUCUCUUAGUUGCAGAGGUAACCUGGUUCGCUGAUGGCAGCAGCUUCAUGCAGGAUGGUAGUGUCAAAGAAAAAACAUCUGGGCAGAGGCUUUACUUACUGAAACGUCAGCUCAACAGACUGAGCCAGUUGCACUAGCAAAGACUCUGACUUUAGGAAAGGACAAAAAGCUAAGUAUCUACACUGGCAGUCAGUAUGCCUUUGCAAUUGUUCAUGUUCACAUGGCAAUAUACAGAGAAAGGGGACUGUUGACUGCAGAAGGAAAGAUUAUUAAAAGUAAGAAAAAAAAAAUCUUGGCCCUGUUAAUGGCUCUUUGGCUCUCCAAAAGACUAGCCUUUCUCACUGCCCAGUGCAUUGGAAAGGAGAUGAUCCAGUCACCAGAGGCACUAACUUAGCAGAUUGAGCAGCUAAGGAAGUAGCCCUGAAAGCAGAGCCCUUGUUAGCCAUCACAUUUCCAGACUUGGAGGAUUCUCAAUUACCAGUUGAUCCCACAUAUACAGCAGAGGACCUCUGGUGAAUCAAGCAGUUGCCCAUGACUCAGUUCCUGGAGGGAAGGUGGCAGUCAGUGGAAGGACAGCUUAUCCUGCCUGCUGAUCUAGGUGAUCAAAUCCUAACCAAGAUGCAACAAUCCACUCACAUGAGCACCUGGAGAAUGCAGGAUCUGAUUCGUCCGUCAUGCAGCGCUCAGGUUCCAAGAUUCCACUUCCAAAACUGAUAAAAUCGUGGCCAGCUACUGUGGGGAGCCGCCCUCACAUUCGCCGUUGCAAGAUGGCGCUGACAUCCUGUGUUCUAAGUGGUAAACAAAUAAUCUGCGCAUGUGCCAAGGGUAGUUUUCCACCCCAUGUGCUCUGCCUUCCCCGUGACGACAACUCGGCCGAUGGGCUGCAGCCAAUCAGGGAGUAAUACGUCCUAGGUGGAGAAUAAUUCUCCUUAAAAAGGGACGGGGUUUCGCCAUUCUCUCUCUUGCUCUGGCUCUUGCUUCUUGCUCCUGAAGAUGUAAGCAAUAAAGCACUCUUGCUCUUGCACUCUGGCUCCUAAAGAUGUAAGCAAUAGAGCUCUUGCUCUCUUGCUCUCUGGCUCCUAAAGAUGUAAGCAAUAGAGCUCUUGCUCUCUUGCUCUCUGGCUCCUGAAGAUGUAAGCAAUAAAGUUUUGCCGCAGAAGAUUCCGGUUUGCUGCGUUCUUCCUGGCCGGUCGCGAGAACGCGGGCAUGAGCGUUCUCCAGGGGAAGGAUGACAUAUUUUUGGACCUGAAGCAGAAAUUCUGGAAUACGUAUAAGAGUGGUCUCAUGUACUGGCCCUUUGUGCAGCUGACCAACUUCAGCCUUGUCCCUGUGCACUGGAGGACAGCAUAUACGGGACUCUGUGCCUUUCUCUGGGCCACCUUCCUAUGCUUUUCACAGCAGAGCGGCGAUGGUACACUGCAGUCCAUAUUCAUCUUCCUUCGCAGGAAGGAGGCGAGUGAUAAGUCCCCAGAGAAGUGACGAGUCUGGACUUCCUUCCUAGGACUCAGUUCUGUUUCUUCAUCGGUCUCAAUCACUGGCAGCAGGCCUGCUUCACUGACCAGUUACGGGCUCCAUCAUGAGGACAUUCCAUAGGCCCACUUGAUUUGAAAUUAUCAAUGAUUAUUUUAACUUUUAUCCAAACCUUUCCCAGUCAUUCCAGUCUGAAAGGCUUAUUCUCUGGUAUUUUCACAUCUUUAAUGCUUUGGUUAAAAACUAUAACAGUGACAUGUGACAUUUUAGAAUUAUUAAUAUUUCCAUUCUAAUAUAUGGCCAAUUGAAUUUAAAAAAAAAACUCCAGUUUAGAUUGUAUUUCUAGCCUAAACUCUCAGGCUGUUUCCUACACACUGUGAAAUCUGAUUAUCUUUUGUUCUUAUAGUAAAUUUCUAUGCAUAUAAAAUUCAGUCAUGAAGGUUGAAUAAUCAGAUAAUUUAUAAUAACCCAGAUAAUUUAUAAUAAUUAUUGUGCCAACAUUAAAAUUCUGUAAGUAGAUGUUUUUAAUCUUCAAAGGAGGAGUAGUGUUGGAUAUAUUCUGUAUAGAAUACCUUAUUGAUACUGUCUACUUUUUUUAAAGAAGGAUCUCAGGCUGCCGUGGAACUCACUAGAUACCCCAGCGGGGCCUCAGCUCUACAAGUGCUGAGAUUACAGGCAUGAAUCAUCAUGUCUUACUCUUCUGCUUUUAUAUUAUAUAUAUCCACAUACAGGUUUUUAAAAUUGAUGUCUUCUAGCUUUGAGAAGAUACAGUUGACCAAAUGCCCUUAUUCCUGGAUAUAUGAAAUAAAAUAAUUGGUUUCUGAAUGAAUUACAGCAAAUGAAAAUUCUAGAAAACGAAUCAUUUCUUUCCUCUCUAAGGAAGAACUCUAAUUCACACUAGACCAGUCUACACAGUUUGUAGCAACCCUCCUGCCUCUGCAUUCUAAAUAUUUGGAUUACAGACAUGAGCCACCAUGCCUGGCUUUGUGUGUAUAUGUGGUAUUUAAGUGGAACCAGGACCUUACACAAACAAGUGCUCUGCCACUGGCUGCAUCCCAGGAUCCUAAUAGUAGUCUUUUAUAAUUCAGUGCUUUAAAAUUCUUUAUCUUUACACUUUAAAAUGGACACAAAAAUUCUCAACUAGUCUUUCACAUUUAUUUAGUUUGCCUAAUCUCAGCCAGAGCCUUCAGGUUUCAGAGUUAUGCAAAUAACCACACAUGGAGGUGUGUGCCUGUCUAUUCAGAAAGUUAAUGGAGGAGGAUCAUUUCAGCCCGGGAGUUCAAGACUAGACUGGAAAAACCAGCAAAUUUCUGUUAAAACCACAAAGAUAAAAAAUUUAAAACUAUGAAUGUCUUAAGAAAUUUCAGCAAUCUCACCUGAAAAUUGCCCCCAUGGUUCUGUUGCUUCCACUGGCAUACAUGACAAAUUUUGAGAUGUGAAACACUGAAUUCUGAGUUUAUCUUGUGAAUGUAUAAGGUCAAUUUCAUAAUUCAUACUUAAAUUUCUAAGCAAUUAAUUUAUAUGGUUUGUAAUAUGUUUGUAUAAAUUAUAAGCAUGUACUUUUUAAGAGUCUAAGUUAUGGAAUGUAAUAGAAAUUGUUGGGAUGGCAUGAAGGUAUAUCCCUGUAUUUUCACUUGUAAAUUGCUGAACUCUAAGCUACUUACUGGCAGGAUUUGGGUAUUGUCAUUUUUAUGGCCCAUCGCCAGUUUUCUAUGUGUGUUUGUCCUUCCUACCUGCCCAAAAAGAUGAUUCUCAAGCAGCCCUCAGUGCCAAAGGGCAACCCUAAACAAUUGAUUUGUCCUUGUCCUGACAAGAUUGAUGCUGAUUGGUUCAGA